GGCUGCUACCAUAGAAGAAGAAUGUAGACCAAUAGUACCUUAACGAUUUCCACUGAUCGUUUCCGUGUAAAUCUCAGCUGAGAUCAGGAUGAGAGAACUCAGCACAGUCUUUCUAAGUUGUGUAGAGGUUAUUCAUUUAACGUGGCUUUGUUGGUUUGUGAAAAAUACAUUUCCCGAUGUUCCUUUCCACAGAUUUCAUCCUUCAUCAGUCUGUUGCCUCACAAUCGUUGUCUGUUGACACAUUCAGCUAUAAGAAUGAUGUCUACGUGGCCAUUUCUGCUCCCAGCACAGAGAGCUGUAUGAUUUUCCAGUGGGACCACAUAGAAAUGAACUUCAGGACUUAUGAUAACAUCACAGGUCAGUCUAUUGUGGGGUGCAAAUCUGUUAUCAUGGAAAAUGAGGUGUUUGUCAUUGUGGCUCAGCUGUUUGGUGGUUCCCACAUUUACAAGUUUGAUGACGAGCAAAGCAGGUUCAAAGAGAAAGGACCUUAUGAACUGUUAAAUAUCCACACCUUCAUAGUUUUCACUCACAAAUUAGAGCUGGGUCAAGAUGUAUCGUGACUAUUUCUGAAUGGCCUUGCA